GAAUUUCGAAUGGAAAAUGUCCAACUGUGCACCAUGUUAAUGGCAAAUGGCGUUCGCAGUUCCAACUCGCUUGCCGUCGACUCAGUUUCCUUCCAGAAAGCACCAUCACCAUCACCAGAACUCGUACAAGGGUGCCAACACAGAGAGACACAAGAACUAUCUCUUUCUGCUCUGUCAGCUUGACAAGUUUGGCGCCCAACGUGGUGCCGCGUUGCAUAUCGCGUGGCACUUGCAGCAUCAGUUGCAGCAGCAGGAACAGCAGUCGUUGCAGUCGAAGGGUUACAGGUGCAAAAGGCAUUUAAUUUUCGCUUUGUUGCAAACAAUUCCCAAUGGUUGCCUCUUUGGCAGGAUGCAUUGACAGAAAAUAGUAAAGUUUUCAAUAUAAAAGUCACACUUCAAGUCACAAAAAAGAAUACA